CGGGAGUAGGCCUACUAAGAGCAGAGCCCCGCCGAACAGCACAGACCACGCAUCUCACUCGUUCCUGGCCUGCUCACCACCGCUUGCUCCAUCGCCGCCUCACGCCCAGUCGCCUCCACUCGAGAACCGACUUCACUGUCACACCGCCCUCGCCUCGCGCAACCACGUCCCCUUCGCCGCUCGUUCUCUCCUCUGUGCGGAACGAUGCUUCCGCCCUUGUCUGCGCCAUCCGCGCACGCGCUCAGCGGGGAGGGGCUGCGCGGCGCCAAUAUCUGCGGUGCGUCGCAUCUUGCCGUGGGACGCGCCUCCCACAAGCGCGCGCCUGCCGCCUCAUUUUCCACUGCGGGUCGCGCUUCCGCUCGCGUGCGCGCAGCGGCCGCAGAUGGCAGUGGAACGGGGGACCGCUCGGAAGGGCGGAAACUGUCGGGCGCGGAGAGGCGCUGGGCUGAGGCGGAAGCGCGCAGAGCGGAGGGGGAGCGGUGGGGAGGCGAAAAACAGCUGCAGCGGCAGGGGGAAUGGUGGAGAGCGGAGGGGAGAAAGGCGGACAGUAAGGGUUCGUGGCAGCGCGAUGCAGGGUAUGCUGAUGACGUGGCAGCUGAGGAUAGGCUGCGGGAGGAGCGAGGCGGAGCCGUUGAUUGGCUGAUGCGGCCUUCCAAUGAGGAUGUGGAUGCGGAGUUGGUGCGCAGUGGGGAAUGGAACGAGAGGGAGGGGGGGGGAAGGGGGGGCGCUGAUAGGGGAUGGAUAGGGGAUGGCAAUGCGGAGCGAUUGAGAAGGGAUGGCACGGGAAGAGGCAGAGGGGAUGGCGCGGGAAGAGGCAGAGGGGAUGGCGGGAUGGAGAGAGGGAGAAGGACGGUGGAGGAUGAUGGCUUGUGGAGUGGGAGAGACAGAGACGUGCGAGGGAGCAUGGGUGCGGGCACGGGUGGUGGCGACAUGAGCUUGAGGCCACAGCAACAGCAAACGCAGCAACUGCCGCAAUCAUCCCCCCCACAGCAGCGGCUGCAACUGCAGCGUCUCUCUUCUCCCUCCUCCCCCCUCGCACCCAUCUCCCCUCCCCCUGCCCCACGCCUCCAGCUCCCCACCUCCACCCCUGCCCCUGCUCCCCGCCCCCUCCCCUCCGUCCUCCCGCUGCCCCCCGCGGCGCUCGACUCUCUCCUCCCAUUCGCUGGCUCCGGCUCCCAGGUGGUGGCGUUCAUGGGGUCGCCCCUGGACUGGCUGCAGCGCUUCGUGCUCUCGAUGGGGUGCGCUGUGCUGCUCUACAACGUCAACGUGUAUGCCACCAUCGGCACCGCCAUGUACUGGCUAUGGUGGCCUCUUUGGCGCGCUGCUGCCACCAACACUGCACUCAGGAGUCGCUACAAGCAUGCAGGAGUGUGGAUGGCGAGCCUCCUGGACGUGCAAGUGGUGCAGAGGGGGCCGCUCGCCAAGUGGCGCCUGCUGAUUGGCGAUGACAGCGGCACGACCAUAGAGAUGCUGGUGGGCAUCCCGUCGCCCGCUCCCCCACUGCGCCGCAGCGACCCCGUGGUGCUGCUGGUGCUGUCCGACCGCCCCUCGCUGCACCGCUUCAGAGCCGUGAGGGAGGCGUGGGUGCCGGGCCAUGGCUGCUGGAUGGCGGAGGAUGGGGAAGAGCGCGUGGAGAGGACGGUGAUGGAGGGGAUGGCUGCGCGCAUGCCGCAGCUGCCGCUGCUGUGAGCCCAUGAGCCAUGGCGCACUCUCAUGCGUUGCUCAAGGCCCAUGGGGAUUGCUGGACUAGGAAAUGGGGGUCAUGUAACCGAGGACAGGUCUCGAUGAACUUUAUUUUUCAAGAUCCAAUCAUGGCCCCGUGGUGGAUGUCCAGUCCAUGCUAUUGUACGCAAUGCGCCCGUCCCGUCAUUGCAGCUUUGAAUACUCAUUUAUGCAACUUGCAUACC